AUGUACACAAGCGGUUCAAUGAGUCUUCCGAAGGGCACGGAGCUAACGCACGCUAGCAUAGUAAGUGCGAUCAUAUCAUAUGCCUAUGCGGCAGAUGUCCGCGAAGACGACCGCUUUCUGGCCUUCCUUCCCCUCGCCCACGUGAUGGAGUUUUGCACCGAAAUCGCUCUUGUAGCCCUGAACAACGUGAUUAUGUAUGGGUCGCCAAAGACGUUGACCAACAACAGCCCUAAAAUCAUGCCGGGCACACUAGGCGACGCACAGGUGGCUAAGCCUACGUACAUAAACGCGGUGCCGCUCGUCCUCGACAGAAUCGUCGAUGGCGUCAUGGAGCGGGUCAAGGAAAAGAGCAAUUUCAUGCAAAACAUUUUUGCGAAAGCUCUUGCAAAGAAGGAAUCGCAGGAGACCUCGGCGUUUGUGAAAAAACUCAUCGACCUUAUGGUGUUUAGACAAGCCAUCCCCGGGGAGAAGUUCUCGUGGGUGGACCUAAACGUCGUGAAUGGAUACUUCCUGAGGCCUGAGAAGACGAAGGAGGCGUUUUUCGAGAUGGAUGGCGUGCGUUGGUUCAAGACUGGCGACAUCGCCGAGAUCGACGACACAGGUGCUAUUCGCAUUAUCGACCGCAUUGGCGACAUCAUAAAACUCGACAAUGGUGAGUACAUUGCUUUAGGCAAAAUCGAAAUGUAUCUGAAGGAACACCCCGUUAUAGAGAACUUAUUUGUGAAUGCGAAAGCCGGCGCUCGAGGCUGUGUUUGCAUUGCAGUUCCCAAUGAACAGCAAAUAAAGAAAAUUGCAAGGGCCCUGAAAUUAGAUGCCAGCAGAAGCUACCGAAGCCUCUGUCGGCACCCUGAAGUGGUGGCCAAUGUGUUGGAUGCUCUGCAGAAGUUUGGCAAAGAGAAAGGACUUAGAAAGUGCGAUAUCCCGCUUGCUCUGUACCUGUCCCAUAUUCCGUGGGUGCCAAGCUGUGGUCUUGUUGGACCUGCGUUCAAGCUGAGAAGGAAAGCACUCGAGUUCCAUUUCCAAGAUGUACUAAAGAGAAUGUAA